AUGUUAUCAACUGUUGAAUGCUAUAAUGCUUGGUCAAAUACUUAUGAUUCUGAUGGAAAUAUUUUACAACUUCUUGAUGACGAUGCAUUUAAUGAAAUCGUUCAACCUUAUCUUAACGACAAUUAUCAAAAUAGUACAAUACCAAUUUGUUGUGAAUUAGGAUGUGGUACAGGACGUAAUACAAUAAAAAUAUUAAAUGCUGGAUGGUCUAUUAUUGCUCUUGAUGUAUCAACAUCGAUGAUAACAAAAGCUCAACAACGUGUAAAACAAUUUCAACAACAACAACAAAAUUCAUCAAUUUCAUGGAUGAUUCAUGAUCUUAAUAGUGCUAAUGAAUUAUCAAUCGAUGAUUCAUCAAUCGAUGCAAUUAUUAGUACUCUUGUUCUCGAACAUAUUGUUUCACUUAAUGAAUUUUUCAAAAUUAUAUAUAGAUUAUUAAAAAAAAAUAAUCAUAGUUGGGCUUUUAUUACUGCUAUGCAUCCAAAUAUGUAUCAAGCUGGUUCACAAGCAAGUUUUAUUGAUAAAACAACUGGUCAAAAAUUAUGUGGAGUAUCAUUUGAUCAUUCUAUUGAAGAUAUUAUUGAAAUAGCAACUAAAUCAAAUUUAAUAUUAAUAAAAUAUAUGGAAAAAGGAAUAGAAAAUGAAGAACAUGCAAAUAAAUUAGGAUAUCGAGCUAAAAAAUGGAUUGGAAUCAAUAUUCAUGCUUCUUUUCUUUUUAAAAUAAAAAACAACGAAAUACUUUAA